ACAAUUACUAUCACAAUUCAAUUUCAUCACUCCUUUCCUCUUCUUUAAGCCCCCUUCACACAUUCACUCAUUACUUUUAAGUGAUCAUAAACACAAUUUCACGUGUCUUGUCUCUUUCCCCUUCUCUUCUUCUUAUUUUCGCUUCUAAUAACUUUAAUUUUGCUUUUUUUUUUUUAAUUUAUUAUUACUUCUUUUCUAGUUGUGGGUUAGUUUUGUUAGUUUUCAUACUUUAUUAUUUUUUCAUUAAACAUUUUUUUCUUCUAUUUUUAAUCUCAAAAAAACAAAUAUGGACAAUAAGAAGUCACAAACUAGUUCAUCUUCAUCAUCACUCACUUCUCAGCUAUUUGGGUCUCAUGAAUCAUCAUCUAAUGAUGUUUUAUCUUCCAUUUUCCCCCCUUCAAAGGGAAUUGGCCGAUAUUCUACCUAUUCUGAGGCAAGAGGAUCAUGUCAAAAAGAGUCUUCUGGAAAUCAACCAUGGAAUAAUAAACAAGAUAACGUAUACAAACAUAUUGAUACAUCGUAUGGUAGCUCAGCUAAGAAAGAAAAAGGCUCGAUUUAUGAGCAAGAAGGACCUGAACCUUGUAACUUGAGCAACUCUAUCUACUAUGGUGGCCGAGAAACAUAUUCAAAAUCGACUACUAACCCAAGCUCCACUUCAUACCCUAUGUACGCAAAGAAAGAUGGUGGUGAAGACCAUCCAGGUGGGGCUUCAAGGGGAAACUGGUGGCAAGGAUCACUUUAUUACUAGCGCAAUUGCCAACUGAACUCUGUGAAUAUAGGCCUUUUCAGGAAAUAAACAUGAAUAUUUUGUAAUAUUGUAGCAAGGUUGUGGUUUAUCAACAAAAUACGAGUGGAAUAAGCCAAUUUUCAAUCCAUGGGUGACAAAAAUACCUCUGAAGGAUUUAAUCUACGGCAAUAAAACUGCAAAAUAUUUGUUCAUGUUUUUAAGGAUCUUCUUAUCCCUGGUUUUUAAUUGGAAGUGAUGUAUUUCUAUUUGUUUAUGUGAUGAGCUUCCUAAGUUACGAAGUUCUUUUGUUUGAAGAAAAGCCUUUUGUAUAUGUAGUAAUUAGUGUAAGUAGUUAUUAGUACCUAACAUAUUUGUACAACCUACCAUAUAAAUUUGUAUUAAAUCUAUUCUUGUUUCGGUCAUGAAACGAUGAAUUGUAAAAGACAUUUAAAUACCUGGAUAAAAGGUGUGGUCGGGGAUAACUGUCAGUAUGCUGAAAAUGUUUAUGAUCCUUCCGCUGAUGAGACCUCAAAUCCUGCAAUACAACGUUAGCCUUGUCCGGGGGUGAUUUCCCGGAAAACCCCUCCCACGCUCAAGUCAGAUCGGGAGACAGAAAGUAAUGAAUAUAUGAUAAUGAAUGAAUACAAGAUUAACGGAUUGUAGGAUGAGUUCAGAUCAAUUGAAGGAAUAUUUGGUUCAGUAUAGAUUGUACGUAGGAGGAUAGUGUCAUUUUUGUGGUGUAGCGAUAGCAAUAUAAAAGCUUAAUCCCGUGCAAAUGAUGUACGCGACAUGUAUUUAUCAUGGUAGAAUGGAGGUUAAAUGGUGAAUAAAUGUGGGAAUCAUGGGGAUGAUGGGUGAGUGGUAGAUUAUGGUGAGUAAUGGGUAGUUAUUUUAAGAAGUUAUUGGACCGAGUUGGGUGGUUAGGGUUUGACUAAAUAAAUUAAGGGUUUAUUUAUUUGACCCCAUAACAUUAGCCCCACGCAUGAAGAGUGAUAGAUGAGGGAAUUUAAUGUAGCGAGGGUAUCAGUCUUUAUGCGGAAAAAAUCAUACCUGUGAUGCAGAUCAAGUAAAUAUUCGGAAGAAACCAUGCAAUAAGGUCCGAAUAAGGUAAACUUCGAAUUCUUGCCUCGAUGGGCCCAUGAUGGUGGAAGCCCCAUGAAUUAUAAAUAUUUGGCCUUUGGGCCACUUUUGAUGAUUCGACUUUUAGAGCCUGAUAUGAUGAUUCGGCAUUUGAGCCUGAUAUGAUGAUUCGACAUUUGAGCUUGAUAUGAUGAUAUGGCCUGGCAGUCAAACACCUGCGACUUAGAUAAGGAAUCAUACUAGAU